GGGACCCAGUUUCUUACGAAGUUCCCUUCCCAUUCGAUGCUGAAACUGAAAUCGCGUUCAUGAGAUCUCGGAAUUGAAGAAACCUCUCUCCGAUGGCAUCCACAUACCGUGACCGCACGUCGGAGUUCCGGUCACUGACGGAGACUCUGAAGAAGAUCGGAGGAGCCACCGCGCCGCGAAACCAGCCGGAGAAUGCUCCGGCGACGUCUCAAGCUUCCUCAUAUUCCAGAUCCGAAUUCAACCGCAAGGCCUCGCGAAUCGGGUUGGGAAUCCAUGAAACCUCACAGAAGAUCGCCAGACUCGCUCAGUUGGCGAAGAAAUCGUCUAUGUUUAAUGAUCCGAUGGUGGAAAUACAAGAAUUGACGGGUUUGAUUAAGAAUGAUAUCACUGCGUUGAAUUCGGCGCUUUCGGAUUUGCAAAACAUUCAGCAAAUGGAUAUGGCUGAAGGGAAUUACUCGGAGGAUAGGAGUGUGCAUUCAACUGCUGUUUGUGAUGACUUGAAGGGCAGGCUAAUGGGGGCCACAAAGCACCUUCAAGAUGUCUUGACUGCAAGGACAGAGAAUAUCAAGGCUCAUGAGAAUAGGAGGCAGAUAUUUUCCAAGACCGCAGCGAGAGAGAACCCUUUCCAGCAUCAGCCAAAGCCAGCAACUGAGCCACCACCUUGGUCAAAUUCAUCAAAUGCAUCUGAAAAUUUGCAAGAGACAUCAGGAUUACCACCAAAUGGAGCUCCAGCAGGAAAUCAACUAAGGCGAAGGUUAGCUGUGGACAACGCUCCAUCCCAGCAAAUGGAAAUGUCUUUGGUACAGCAGGUUGUCCCUCGGCAGGACAAUUAUGCUCAAAGUCGGGUAACUGCUCUUCACAAUGUGGAAUCUACUAUCACAGAACUUAGUGGGAUCUUCACACAUUUGGCUACAAUGGUUGCCCAUCAAGGGGAGCUAGCUAUCAGGAUUGAUGACAACAUGGAUGAGUCAUUGGCAAAUGUUGAAGGAGCACACAGUUCUUUAUUGAGGCAUCUCAACCGAAUAUCAUCAAAUCGGUGGCUUCUUAUCAAGAUAUUUGGCAUUUUAAUACUUUUUCUGAUGAUCUUCAUUUUCUUCAUAGCCUAAUACCAAUCAUGAAAGUUUUUCUUCGCGGCUUGGAUCUGUCUUUGCCCCUCCUCUCUGGAAGCAUAAAUGCCAGAGCAGCUAAAUGAAGGGUUAUACAUAUGACGCAUGUGUUCUGUUUGCAUGUAGAUAGGGCUUCCGUUGCUCGGCAAUCUAUAGGUGUUAUGAAUUUUUUUGCUGGCUUCUAAGCCCCACCAAAACAUUGUAGGAAUUUGAAUGCAGCUGAAGAUAGAAAUAUAGGCGUGCUGGGCACACUGAUAUAUAUAGACUUCAAAAUCACGUUAAUAUAUAAGCUAUAAUACGAAGCUGUUCCACUAAUGCAAAACAGUCUUCAGGUGCAAAAAACUGAGAGAAGGAAAAGACAACUUUUCCAAUUAUUGUAGUGCAUGUAUUGCCAGAUACUUGUAAAAGUUAUCGAAUUGGUAGUAACAUACCAGAAGUUCUUUGUUCAGUUACCUGUACAAUGUAAGAAACUUUUGGAUAUUGUAAUAUGAAAAUUGAUUGAUUCUUUGAA